UGGGGGCGGGCUUCUGCCUCGCGGAGGUGGGCACGCUCGCCGCGGCAGAGAGAUCACUUCCCUGUACCAGUCCUCGCGCUCCAGUUAGUCCUAUGAAAGUGUAGGCAUCCAGGCAGUUGGCUCGUUCCGAUUACCGAAGCACUCUCCCUUCGGUGAUAGGAGCGCAGGGUUUGGGCGGUGACUCGGCCAUGCCGAACUCGCGAUCCAGGCCCCGCCAGGGCGCUGGGAGUGGCGCGGGGGCAGCCGGGCGAGACGAGCUGGUGUCGCGGUCCUUGCAGAGCGCAGAGCACUGCCUGGGCGCCCAGGACUUCGGCACCGCCUAUGCCCACUACCUGCUCGUGCUCAGCCUGGCGCCGGAGCUGAAAGACGAUGUGAAGGAAACUUUUCAGUACACGCUCUUCAGAUGGGCUGAAGAACUUGAUGCUCUCAGUCGAACACAAGACUUACUCGGUUGCUAUGAGCAAGCCUUGGAGCUGUUUCCUGAUGACGAAGUGAUUUGCAAUAGUAUGGGGGAGCAUCUCUUCAGGAUGGGCUUUAGAGAUGAAGCAGCUGGGUAUUUUCGUAAAGCGGUGAAGUUAAACCCUGAUUUCAGUGACGCAAAGGAGAAUUUUUAUCGCGUUGCAAACUGGUUGGUGGAACGCUGGCACUUCAUCAUGCUUAAUGACACCAAAAGGAAUACGAUUUAUAACGCAGCAAUCCAAAAGGCAGUUUGUUUGGGGUCCAAAAGUGUUUUGGACAUUGGAGCAGGAACUGGAAUACUAAGCAUGUUUGCUAAAAAAGCUGGAGCGCACGCGGUGUAUGCCUGUGAGUUAUCCAAGACCAUGUAUGAACUUGCCUGUGAUGUCGUGGCAGCAAACAAGAUGGAAGCAGGGAUCAAACUCUUACACAUGAAGUCACUUGACAUAGAAAUCCCAAAACACAUUCCUGAAAGAGUGUCCCUAGUUGUAACAGAAACUGUCGAUGCAGGUUUAUUUGGAGAAGGAAUUGUGGAGAGUUUGAUUCAUGCAUGGGAGCAUUUACUUUUGCAGCCAAAGGCCAAAGGUGAAAAUGGUAAUUGUGAAAAAUAUGGGAAAGUUAUACCGGCAAGCGCUGUCAUAUUUGGGAUGGCAGUAGAAUGUGCAGAGAUAAGAAGACAUCAUAGGGUGUGUGUUAAGGAUGUUGCUGGGAUCUGUUUGCCAACAAAUGUGAAAUUUCAGAGUCCAGCUUGUUCUUCUGUAGAUGCCGAAGAAACAAUUGAACCAUAUACAACCGAAAAGAUGAGUCGAGUUCCUGGGGGAUAUUUAGCUUUGACAGAGUGCUUUGAAAUUAUGACAGUAGAUUUCAACAAUCUUCAGGAAUUAAAAAGUCUUGCAACUAGGAAACCUGAUAAAAUCAGUACUCCUGUUAUUAAAGAAGGCGUGCUAGAUGCUGUUGUGGUUUGGUUUGUGCUCCAGCUGGAUGAGGAACACAGUUUAUCCACAAGUCCUAAUGAGGAAACAUGCUGGGAACAGGCUGUCUACCCCGUACACGAUCUUGCAGACUACUGGAUAAAGCCUGGGGACCAGGUGAUGAUGGAAGUGUCUUGUCAAGAUUGUUACUUAAGAAUCCAGGGUAUCAGUGUCUUCAAUUCUGAACACGAAAUGGACGUUGGGAAAAGUUUCACCAAGAAUGAAGACUUGCUCUGUGUAGGAAACGAGGCUGAACUCUGUAGCGCCCUGGCUAACCUUCAGACCAGUAAACCGGAUGCUGCGGAGCAGACGUGUGUGUUGGAAUCCACAGAAAUCGCUUUGCUUAAUAACGCCCCGUAUCACGAAGGCUUUAAAAUGGCCAUGAGGAAAGUGUUGUCUUCGCUGACUCCGGAGAAAGUGGGCCAGGCCACGGACACUCAGUGUCAGAGGAAGGGGAUGAGCUGUGGCAGUGGACAGAGUGGCUCAGAGCAGAGCGUCCCUGAACCUUUCUAUGUGUUGGACGUGUCGGAGGGCUUCUCCGUUCUGCCUGUGAUGGCCGGCACGCUUGGGCAGGUCAGGCCUUACAGCUCUGUGGAGAAGGAGCAGCACCGCACCGCCCUGGACCUCAUAUCUGACGCCAGUCACUUUCCUAGAGAAACACUUGAGUUUUGGUUGAGACAUGUGGAAGACGAGUCUGCGGUGUUGCAAAGGCCAAAGUCAGACAAGUUGUGGAGCGUAAUUAUAUUGGAUGUCAUCGAGCCGUCUGGGCUCAUUCAGCAGGAGAUAAUGGAGAAAGCUGCAAUAUCCAGGUGUUUGCUGCAGUCUGGGGGCAAGAUCUUUCCCCAGUAUGUGCUGAUGUUUGGGCUGCUUGUGGAAUCACAGACGCUGGUGGAGGAGAGUGCUGUGCAAGGAACGGAACGGACUCUUGGAUUAAAUAUAGCGCCUUUCAUUAACCAGUUUCAGGUCCCUAUACGUGUAUUUCUAGACCUGUCCUCACUGCCCUGUGUACCUUUAAGUGAGCCAGUGGAACUGCUAAGACUAGACCUGAUGACACCGUAUUUGAACACCGCUAACAGAGAAGUAAAGGUACGCAUUUGUAAAUCUGGACAAGUGACUGCCAUUCCAUUUUGGUAUCAUCUGUACCUUGAUGAUGAGAUUAGGUUGGAUACUUCGAGUGAAGCCUCCCACUGGAAACAAGCUGCAGUUGUUUUAGAUAACCCCAUCCAGGUGGAAAUGGGAGAUGAACUUGUGCUCAACGUCCAGCACCACAAAAGCAAUGUCAGCAUCACAGUGAAGCAAUGAAGAGCAGUUUUCCAAUGAAAAAAUGUGGAAAUAGAGCAGCAAGUUCACAAUUCUUGUAGUCUGAAUUAGUCGUGGGAUUGUAAUCAUAAAAUGGAGUUAUGGAGAUUUAAUUCCUUCUAAUGGUCGAAUGUUUUUUAAAAUGGACAUUAAUAAAGUGUAUUUAAAAGAUCUGAAAUUUAAAAGUGGCAUUAUUACAAAAAUAUUGCUGCAGACUUCCUUUCUGGAAAAGGCUGUCAUUAAUUUUUCAAAUUAGGAACCUGUUUUUAUUGCUUGGUUUUACUUACUACAGAUUAAAUUUUGCCAAACCUGUGAGUCUAUACUCUUAACCUAUAAAGAUUAGGGAUUUUGAAUCUCAUCUUCAUUUUUUAGGCAUCUUGGAUUUUUUCCCCUUAAAUCCAAACUUAUAGUUGGGAAUACAUCAAAAAGUUGGCUUCACUGAAGACUGAGGGCUAUGGUUAUCUGUAAAUUCCAAGCUUGCUUCUUUUAAAUACUUGAAAUACUUCUGAACCACCUUCUCAGUUUUCAUGUUUUGGGAAUGCAAACUUGAGUAAGAAUUGAAGCUGUAGACUAAAUCUAAGUAAGAGUAUAAGAGGGACAAAGUAAAAUCUGGGCGUUUAGCAUUUUUCCUGGGCUACUGGCAAAGAAAAAUUAAAAAGCUGAUAAAUUCAAGAAAGAGUUAAACCUAAACCAGUAUUUUUCAAAGUUUUGAUCUGGAUGCACAGUAAGAAAAAAAAUUAGUCCAAAUUUUAAAGACCUGAAGUAGCAAGAUUAAUAAGUAAGAUCAUCAUGCCUUGUAUACACUGCGUGCUGUUUGUUAAGUGAACCACACAGGAAGUUAGAUGUAUCUUCUCUCCAAACUGCCUGAUCUCCUUGCCUCUAUUAUACUGCCCACCUUUACUGUCGGUAAAAUUGUUUAGUUUAUAAGAAUGGACAGAGUAAAAACUUUGUACCUAA